UGGACCCCAGAGACCCCCUCCUCCUCCUCCACCUCCCAUCCGCGCGCUGAUCGUCUUUGAUACAGCAGCUCCGGUAGGGGCGGGGCAGCACUGCAGCAGUGCGCCUCUCGAGCUGUCUCCGGUAAUGUUCCAUAGGAUACGCACGCCCCGCUCCGCCCCUGCCGCGAGACAGGUGGUCGGACUGUACGCCUUCAUCCUCCAGCGCUCCCUGUAGACUAAGAAGGAGGGGAAAAAAUCCGUUGACAACAGGAAAAGGGUCGGUCGGCGCGAGCGCGUCCCCGAUGGACUUCCAGCGUGUGACCUCGGCGAUCACCGGGCGGGCAGCAGGAGAGGGGGGCAACAACGGGAACGCACGAGGAGAGCCCCGGCGAUUUACUCCCAAAUGUUUUGCAGCGGAUUACUCGAGAUGCCGUUCGCGGGAGAGGGUGUGCCGACGGGGGAAUGAGAUGCGCAAGUAAAAAAGUUGACACGAUUUCUGGUGGGGAUUUUCAUCUGCGAGGCGGCGGGAUCAUUUCUGACUAUCCUCCGGGCUGGGAAGUUCCCCUGGGGGGCUUCGUUAUGGCUUCAGGCGCCGGUAAGGCUGCACAGCCCCCCGGGCCGGGCUCCGCCGUUAACGGGACUGCGGCAGAGUUCUCCAACAUCGAGCAGGAGCUGUACGACUAUCAAAUGCACAGCAAGAUGUGCAAGAAGAUCGCUCAGCUCACCAAGGUGAUUUAUUCUCUGAACAUGAAGAAUGAGGAGCAGGAGGCGGCCCUGCAGGCGUUGAGCAACGCCCACCACGACGAGCUGCACCGGAUCCUGAUGGAGACGUGCCACGAAGGGGAGGGGUCAGCCCUGAGGACACGCCUCCUGGAGCUGCAGGAAUCUCUGGAUGAGCAGCAGCGAGUCGGGGCCCAGGUGCAGGCGGACUUUGAGUUCUUCCGCAUCCAGGCGGAGGAGAGGGAGCGUGAAACGGAAGCAGAGCUAAGAAAAGAGUUUGAGGAAAAGCUCCAGGGUGCGCAGGAAAACCUGCAGGAGGCCAAGGCCCAGAUCAGUGUUGCCCAGGAGGAAAACCUGAGACUGAGCAAAGAACUGGAGAAUGCUGAGGAGCAGAUCCAGCAACUGGAUGCCAAGUGCGAGGAGCUCCAGAAAACAGUCGUUGAUGAGGAGAAAAACAGGAAGGAGGAGGAUAGGCAAAGAGAAGAUGAGGAGGAAAAGAAGAAGGAGGAGGAGGAGAGGAAAAUGGAGCAGUGUGAGGAAAGGAUUAAAGCCCUCCUGGAGGAGCUAAAGGCACUAAAGGAGGAGAGGGGUCGAGCGGAGGAGGAGAAGAGGCGAGCCGUGAAGGAGGAGAGGGAGCAAUGGGAGCGAAAGGUGAACGAUCUAAACGAGGAGGGAGAGGAAAUGAGGAAGAAGAUAGAGGCGGAGUGGAGGGAAGAGCGGCAGAGGUGGGAGGAGAGGGAAGAGGAGGAGAAGAAAGGGAUGCACAGCGCUCUGCGGGAGAGGGUGAAGAGGGCCGAGGCAGAGGUGGAGAGUCACCUGGAGAGGCUAGCCGAGAGCAAGAGAAACACAGUGAAGCUGCAAGAGCGAAUACAGGACUUGGAGGAAGAGCUGGAGCUGGAUCGCAGGCGUGUGUCUGAGGCCGAGGGCGUGGCCAAGCGGGCUGAAGAGGAGCUCGCUGUAGCCAAGGAGCGGCUGCUGCUGCAGGAAGACGAGCUGCAGAGCAGAGCAGAGGAGCUGCUGAAUCGAGGAGGCUGUGAGGUGUGUGUGUGCACUGAAAUGGAGGAGCUGAGGAGCCAGGUGAGUCGUCUGCAGAGUAGGAACAGAGAGCUGGAGCUGCAGAGCAGCGGCCGCAACAGCGACCACGCCAGGCAGAUACGCCAGCACGCUGAAGCACUGUCCAGUUUGCGCUCAGAGAUGGUGAGAGCCCAGACAGAAGAGCUGCGUCGCAUUCAGAAGCACGCGGACGACGAGCGGGACAAACUGCAGAAGGAGAUCGAAAAAGAACGAGAGAGCCUGCGGAGGGAGCGGGAGCAGGAGAGGGAUCAGUUCGAGAAGGAAAGGAACCGAAUACGGCGAGAAAGAGACGAGGAAAAGGAAGCGCACCACAGACAGCUGGAAGAGGUCAAGGAUCGUGUGAGGAGAGAGAAGGAGGAAGAGGUGGACCGCCUGCGCAAAGAGCUGGAAGUGGAGAGGGUCCGCAUUCGUUCCCAGCUCGACAAGAACAUCGAACAGGUCGAGGCGGAGAGAGCCGGCGUGCAGCUGAAGCUGGAGGAGGAGAAGAAGAGGCUGGCGGAGAAGGCCGAGGAGGACAGGAAGCGACUGAAGGAGCAGGUGCGGAAGGCGAUAGAGGAGGUGAUGAGGAGACACGCGGCUGAAUUAAACGGCGUCCAAGAAGCUCUGAGCUCUGAGAAGAAAACCAACCAAGAGGUGUGCGUGCGUUUGGAAGAGGAGAGGAGAGCUGCUGAGGAGCUACGCAGCAGGAUGGAGAAGGAAAGAGAGGAGCUGAGGACGAAACUGAAAGAUGCCACCAGUGAGAUCUGUAGGUUGGAGUCACUGAUCCACCAUAAAGACAAGAAAGACAAGGCGACCCCCGAUGCUCCAUCCUCGGGUGGACCGCAGUGCUCCCGUCUGGAGGAAGAGCUCCAUCAGGCUCGGAGUCGACUGGCUCGCAUUCAGGACGAGGCCGAGAGGCAGCGGGACAGGCACCAGAGAGAGAUCGCAUCCCUGAAAGCUGACAGGCAUCGGCUGGAGGAAAAAGUCCUGGAGCAGAGCCGGAUGAACACGGAGAGGAGUCUUCUAGAGCAAAACCAGAAGCACACAGAGGACCGGAUCAGGGCGGAGUGCGAGGAUCGUCUCAGAGCAGAGUUCAGGAUAGAGAUGAACGCCGCCGUCGCCGAGAGCGAACAGAGAUGGCAGAGCCGGGAGGAGGAGCUGCAGGCUCAGAUCUCUGAGCUGCAGGGUCAGCUCACCGAGCUAGAGUCGCAGGCAGAGAAAAAGAAGGCAGGCCAGGGAGAUGAUUGCCACGUGAAUCCUGAAAUUGACAAGCUGAGGAAGGAGGUCCAAGACACAAAGGAGAUAAACAAGAAACUGAGGGAGCUGCUGCAGGAGCCCCAAACGCAGUCGCUAGCCGAAGAGAGACACAGUCAUGCCAUGGCGCUGCAGGCGUUAGAGAGACGGGCAAAAGAAGAGCUGCUGUCUGAGAGGAACAGACUUCAGACAAUGCACCACCUGGAGCUGGAUAAGCAGCGAGCAGAGCUGACCCAGCAGCACACGGAGUGGAGCAGACAGAUGACCCAGAGACACAUGCAGCAGAUAGAAGACCUACAGGCUCAACUACAGGCGCACACACAAAUGAUGGCUCUGCAACAGGAUUUGAAGCAGCAGAACCAGUAUCAGGUGUUUGAGCGGCAGCUGGACGAGAGUCGCUGCGCCAUGCUGGAGCUGCAGAGAGAAAACGCAGCACUGAAGAAGCAGUUAAAGGAAAGCUUAGUGCAAAAGAAUUCAGAGGCCGAAGAGAAAGAAGAGGAACGCGCAGAAAUAAGGAAGAACAGGGACGCCCAGCUGGAGGAAGAAGCACAACGUCUGAAGGAGGAGGUGGAGAAGCUGAGAGUGGAAAUGGAGAAACUCGAGGAGUCGCAGAAGCACUGGGACGAGAGAAAAGAGGACGACAUCAAAGAGGAGGAGCUGGACGAGGAAAAGAGAAAGGAGCGGGAGGAGGAGAAGAGGCGAGAGGAGGUGGAGGAGAUCAGGAGGGAGCACAAGCGGGAGAUGCAGAGUUUGGUGUCUGAAUACAGCAACGCGCAGAGUCACCUGCAGGCGCGAAUCGUGGCCUUGGAGAAUGAAUUUAACUGCAGGCUGCGAGAGCGGGAGGAACGCUGCAGGCGGAGGGAGCCUCGAUGUGACGACCUGCAGCUGGGGAGACUCCAGGAGAGGCUGACGGAGAGAGACCAGCUCAUCAAACGAUUAGUGGAAGAGAGGCAUCAGCUGCAGCUCUACCCUCCUGUUGCCGGGGACAACAGUAGCCUCGGGCUCCGUGACAGCAAGUCCCGCCCCGGGAGCAUCACGCCAACCACGAUGAGGAAACGUGCCGAGUCGCCUCCUCGUGUCACCAGCAUCUCCACGGCCGGCACUUACAACAGGAGCAUCUUUGUGCCCCACUCCUCCUCCUCCUCCUCGUCUUCCUCCUCCCCUUCCGUCCAUCAGCACUCCUCCUCAACCCUCCCCCACCAGUCCUCCUCCCACCCUCAAACCUCGCCCCACUACUCCACCUCCUCUCUCCCACACAAACACACGUCCCUCCCCCUCACCCAGCAUUCCUCGCCCUCCCUCUCUCGCUCCGCCAGAACCCGGACCUCCUGCAUCCCACCGACGCCGGCGCCGACGGCACCUCUCCCCGUCUGCCCCUCGCCUCAGACGGGCAUCCGAUACGUGUCCCCCUCCUGCCUGGACCCACACGUACACCUGCAGGCCCACUCAAUCAGGGGGCCAUACCUGGAGCAGAGGGGGACAGAAGGGCUGAAGCAGGAGUGGUUCACCAAAUACUUCUCCUUCUGAGCACAAAUGCAUACAAGCAUACAGACACACACAUACACAUACAACAGCUGCAGGUACAUUUCAUAUCCACUUCAUUGCUUCUUAUACACAUCUGUUUGCUUCCCAGACUCAAGCACACACACACACACACACACACACACAAACAGAGAACCUUGAAAACAGACAAACACAUCAACAGACAUAUGGGCUCAUCACCAGCAAGGCCAUUUCAAACAUUGCCUCAAAGCUCAACCAAAAAGUGCUUCUCAAACACAUGCCUGACCUCUUCUCAGACAUUGGCCUGCCGGAUCUUGUUUGUAUAGUUUGGAAUGUCGCCAUAUGUUGUUUUUUUUAAAGGACGUCUUCCUUUUUUAAUGCAACUGUUGCCCUAAUCCCAUCGUGUAACGAUUCCAGGCAGGUGUUCAUUAAGAAAAAAAAAAAAAAAACAGCAACCAAGUGUCUCUUUGCGUAUGGAAGCAUUGAACAUAUUCAAUCAAGAUCCACAUCAAAAUGGACACACACGACUCACCAUACCAAAAUGAAGCUUGUUUCAAUGCAAAAAUGUAUAAUAAUCUUAAUGAUGAAAUUGAAUAAACUAUUUUGUUUUUGUA